AUGGAUUCGGAAGAAACGAAGAAGCAAAAGAGGGGUUUCUCUUUGUUGGCUUUGCGAUUCUGUACAGUGAUAGUUUUCUCGAUCAUCAGCUUCUUUAUCUUGUCGUUUCUAUUAGGAGUAUUAGUGAUUAUACUUGGUGAGCUGUGGGUUUCUUCUUCUUCCUCCGCCUCUCUUGCUUCCCGUUGCAAGAUUCUUUCCAGCUCUGUUGAUCUUAGGUCUUCGAAAGUGUGUGGCAUUGGACUUUUGAACAGCAAAGCACAACAUGUGUUUCACCCUUUUGAGAGAGAUAAGUUCAGAUGUCGCUAUGAUUACUAUUGGGCUUCUGUCUUCAAGGUAGAGUAUACAGAUUACUUAAUGGGUCAAACAAGGCUAGCCUUUUCAGAAGCACCUAACGAAGCGCUUCCUCCUGAGUGCAGACCUAACUUUGGUGCUGCUUUGCUUACCAAAGAUAACUUCAAGGUGAAUGAGACUUACGAUUGCUGGUAUACAUUAGGAGUUCUAAAAAUCAAGCUUUAUCAGGACGGCUUUUUCGGUUGCCAAGCAAAUGAUCUUUCUUUCACCGACAUGUUUAAACAAUAUUCUGUCUUAGUCUCUAAAUUAUUACAGUCCUGGUUCAAUGGAAAAGGAAGACCAAAGUACUUGAGAUAUGAUGUGAUCGCUGGCAUUGUAUCUGGCUUCUCAACUUCCAUAAUCACAAUCUUCAUAGUCCGGAUCCUAAGCAAUGCAAAAUCUUGGUUCCCUCGAGCUUGUUGUUCGGUUAAGAGCCAGUUUUCUAAGGUGAAUCUCUUGGUACAAGUGAAGCGUGCGUGUUUGGUCAUUGUUUACUUCUACAUUCUGGGAUGGAUGGCUACACAGUACUUGAAAAUUCUUUUUCCAAAGGCUUAG